CUCUUUAAACACAACUCUCGCCCUUCAGUUUGCGACGCCCUUCGCCCUGCCCCGGUGAUAUUUGUGAGCAGAGUGGAGCUCCACUCUGUCCCGAGCUAAACUUAGCCGUGACUGUACCACUGCUCAUCACAACACGCUCUGCAGACCACCCUGGGUUACAAUGGACGGUGUCGUGUUACCACAGAUGCUGCUGUACCUCACCAGUGACGCCGGCCAAACAAGAUGUAGACUUAAAGACUCUGCAGGUUUUUCUGUCUUUCAAUCUCUUCACUUGUAUUCCUCUCUGUCGUGAUGGGCAGCUAUAGCUCAGCCCUCGUUCCUGAGACCGAAGAGUUUGAUUCAAUCGUGUCGAUCGCGGAGAAGCUGAAUGAGCAGGUAGCUCAUGCUGCAGUUGAGAGGUUACAGUCAGAGCUUCAGACUCUGGGAAGUAUACACUUCUAAUGAUAGCUAUCUAGAAUUGAAUAUACUGCAACUGUAACUUGGCUCACCGAUUGAGAAGGAGUGUGUGGUCUGGUCUGUUUGUGUCCCAUCUGUCCUUGGGAUAAAUUUAACUUUUCUAAGCUGCGUCGUACACACAGCCACGCACAGCAGCAAAAGAUAUCUACUUCAACUCCUUACUUCAGAGGUUUAAAGGUACUUGUCCUCUAAUAAAUAUGAGCUAAAAUUUCUGCAUUUUACUGUUGAAAAAAUUAUUUAGGGACACCAAACAAAAGCUGGGACCAUGUAUUUUCACUUAUUUUUACUCUGAAUGGGUGAAGUACCCUUUAAAUGUAUUUUGCCUAUCAGAUGUCUUAAACUAGACGUACCUUACAGGUAACACUCAUGAUGGAGGAGGAGAGAAAAGAAAACCAGAGGGAAGAGCUGGAUUCUUCAACACUUCAAGAAAACUCUGAGGAAACAAGUCAAAAUGGGUCAGCCCUGGCCGCAGCAGAGCCCAAGAGCGUGCCCACGCAGUCCUUCUCCUCUCUGUUACCAAAGGCCCUGUCCGCCGUGCUACACACAACGCUGCCCUCUGGCCUCAACUCCGAGCGCCAGCCCAGCAGAGACGUGGCCAAACACACUCCACCAAGCCUGGAGCAACUACAGACGGAGCUGAGAGACCUGAGGGACCAGUUUGAUCAGAUGAAGGGUCAACACAACAAAGAAAUUAAACUCCUGAUGAACGAGCUCGAUGAGGAGAAAAGGAUUCGCUUGACUUUACAGAUGGAGGUUCAACGCAUGAAGAAGCACAUGUCUAAAUGAGUGGAGUACCUCACCGCCAUCAAAGACGAGAGAUCCUGAUUUGACAAGUUUGAAAGGUCCUGUUCCUGAUCCGAAAAUCACCUGUGCUCCUUUUUGAUGAAAAGUUAUCGUAUUUUUUUUUUAGAAAAACUCUUGGGUGGUCAUUUUAUUUGCUUUUUUGUUGGACAGCCGAAUGUGAUCGCCAAGAGGACUUUCUCCUGCUGAAAGUGCAAAGGUGGGAGCCGCCUGCAAAGAAACUGUUCCUUGAUGCAACGUCACAACUGAGAGGAGUAUCUGCUGACCAGUGUGUGGCCCUCUCAUACACUCUGUCUGUUUUACUUAUUUCUGCAGAUGGACUCUGGCAUCUGUAACAUCCUAUGACGGGAGAGUGUCCUGAGGUUUCCAUAAAGAGAACAAAUGUUUUCUGUUUCCAGUUGGAGGCCAGAUUUCUAAUGAAUGUUAGAGAUCCCCACCGUUGAACGGAUUUCAAUCAUUUGUCCUUUAUCCAGUUAGCCAGUAGUUCAUCUGCAGCCAUGUGGACAAAGUUUGAGUAGAAUUUGCCUAUAAUAAUGUGAUGUUGAGGCACAAACAUGAAGCUCCAACCAUAGUUUAGGUGCAUAUAGUUUUCAGAAGUGUAAGUUUGCUGUAUGAUUGUACAGAAAAUUCAGUGACUGAGCCGUCAGCUGAUUCACCUGCUGUUGAUGUGUAGGAGCGU